GUCACUAUGAUAAAGAACUUGCGUUUAUUUAGCUCAUCCUGUAGGACGCAAGCGGUACUUGGACCGAAAACAUCAAAGAAAGAAGUUUAUCGCUGGGAAAGCUCAAAACCAGACGAUAACAUUCUACCAAAGUUAGAAAUCGAGAGUAAGAGAAGAUGGUUGGCCUAUAUGCGUAUGGAAGAGUUUGAAUUACCAAAGCUAGAGAAAUAUAGAAAAGAAUUCAAACCACCAGCCAAAGAUGAAGUUGUAAAGGUUAGAACACUUGACUAUCUAAAUCAAGAACCACAUCCUGCAUCUGUUAAAUCUGUCGUUACAGUAAAAGUAAGUGACCUUCCACUGGCAGACGCAUCAUCCAAGCACAAGUUGAAACUUCUCGCCGGUCCUCGCUGGUCAGGCCCAGAGUCGAGAAUAGUAGACGGUAAAUUAGUAGAGGAUGUUGACGGCGAGAUAAAGAUCAGCUCAGAGCAAUUCCCAUACAGAGCACAGAAUAUGAGAUGGUGUUCAGAUAAAUUACAGCUUUUAUUAAAGGAAUCAAACGAUAAAAGUUAUAACUUUGACGACAUUCCGUUAGAUACUCGUCAUGUUACUCGUAGAAUUCGUAAAUCAAGGCGUGGUGGUCACAGGUUGGAGAACUUGGCUGGUGCACAACAAGGUCGUAGGCCGACAAAGUUUGAUAUGCCGGAAAGCUGGAUUGAAGAGGCCAAGUCGGCUUUAAGUAAGAAGUGAUGUAGUUGAGAAUGUGAUGAGAUUUUUUUAUAG